AGUAGGCUUUCUGCAGGGGCAGAACACGAUGACGGAGUCUGUGUGGACGAAGUGGUUUGUGGAUUAGGAAGAGGGGUAAUGGAUGGAGACAAAACCAGGGGAGGUAGGAGUGGUGAAGACAGGGGUGGUAGAGUAGUCGGAAGGUGGGUAACAGAUGACGAUAAAACCAAGGGAAAUAAAGGCGUUGAAGACGGGGGGGAUGAAGUCAGGGGUGGUGAAGUGGCUGAAGCAGAGAUAGGGGGGACAGUCGUAGGUGAGACCCGAAGAGGGGACUCUGCAGGUGGUAAUGCAGGCAUGGCCACGGAUGCCAUGGAGGAACGCACCGAGACCAAGGGCGACACAACAGAUGUGGUGGUCACGGAUGCCAUGGAGGAACACACCGAGACCAAGGGCGACACAACGACUGCGGUGGCCACGGAUGCCAUGGAGGAACACACCGAGGCCAAGGGCGACGCAGCAGGUGCGGGUCGAGUUGCUCCCGCGGAAUCAAUCGUAGAAGCAACCAAGGCCGAUGAGGAAGAGGCUGCGAACUGAAAAGGGGCAGCCAGGGUCACAAACGACAUGGAAGGGGUUACUAAGACUGAUGAGGACGCAGGUGUGGCAGACACUGUGAUAGGUGUGACAGGCGCCGAUAAUGAAGAAGGGGUUGUGAC